AUGGCAAGGAAUUAUCUUGCUAUUUCAGCAUCUAGCAUCCCAGUUGAAAGGAUUUUCUCUGGUGGUACUGGUUUAAUUACAUCAACUAGAUGCAGGGUCUGCAAUUUACGAGAUAUUGGAGCAGUAAAAAUGGGAAAAGAAAAAGCUUACAGUUUAAAGGAAAUUGAGACUAACUUUACAGAUCUAAAAUCGACACUUGCGACGUACACGAACGCAUUAUUUAACCAAUUAGCUAUAGAAACCAGCUCGUUGGAUAAUGCCUAUCUCUUCCCAUCAGCGGUAGAAAAAAUAUGUGAAGAAUUUAUAUUAAGUUUUGUCAAAGAUAUCCUCAAUUCUCUGAGAUAUUCGUGGAAUAACUCGGCUUUUGGCUCUGAGUUCGUGGGAAUGCUUAAUGAGGGUACAUAUGUAACAAAUUUUAUAGUUCCUGCAAUUAGGGCCUCGCUAAAAAACAUCCCUUUAGCAAGUCUUCAUUUAUUAGCAC